AUGUCUGAGAUAGAAAUUAUCAUUGCCAUUAAAUUUGGAACAAACUACAGCACAAACGCCUACAUGAUCAAUGAUGGCCGAACUGAAGACCCCAAAUUGUUCACUGUCCCGUUCCAGAAACACGCUACUAGUUCAAUGUCGCUGAUCACACCUACAGUAGCUCUUUUUACGGAAAACGGUGUAUUCCAGUCUUACGGAUUUGAUGCUGAAUAUCAGAAUCUGCAACAAGGCGAUAAAAACAAGUACUUGCUUUUUCGAGACUUUGUUUGGGAUCUCUUCUGUGUUAACGACGAGGUUCCCAAAAACUUAAAGGCAGUAAACGAAAAAGAGAUGAAGUCAAUUGAUGUUAUGUCAGCAGUUUUAUCAUACAUGGAUGGUCACGUGAAAGUGAUGGCAGGAAAACACUCCAUAGACGUUUCUACAAAGUAUGUUUUAACGGUGCCAACUUGUUCAUGUAACGAUUCAAGAGGGUUUAUGCUGGAAGCUGCAGAACACGCAGGCUUUCCCUCUGAUAAAAUUACUAUUGUUGAGGAGGCUGCGGCCGCACUCUACUUCUGCAUACAAAACCCAGUACUUACAGGACUCCCAAGACCAACAGCAAACCAAGACAAAGCAUACGUGUUUGUAGAGUGUGAAGAUGACAAUACAAACAUUUCGGUUUUAAAGUGCCCAAGCGAGGAGAGUAUCAAUAUAAUUUACAGAGAUAACGCAGAGAUUUGGGCAACUUGUCAAGUGCAAAAAGACUUUGAAGAACUGUUCGCUUUAAUAGUCAGUGAGUCAUUUUUGAAUUAUUUUCUGCAAAAAUAUCCGAUGGAGUACUAUGAUAUCAUUCAGGAGCUAAAGAAGAAAAUCAACAGCACUCCAUCCGAUACCCAAAGAGUGACAAUGAAAAUGCCAGCUUUUCUGAUGGAAAAAUUUCGAAAAAAGACCGGGAAAAGCAUUGAAAAAGCUGUUCGAAAGACAAUUCUAGAAAACAACAUUGAAUUUAAAUUAGACAAAUGUAAAAUUUCACCUGAUGUCUUCCAAAGCCUGUUUUCUGACGCUGGGAAGCACAUUGUUGAAUAUAUGGAGAAGGAAUUACUUACAAAGUAUCCAGAUGUAGAUUAUCUAAUUCUUAUUGGAGAGUUUGCGCAAUCACCGAUUCUACAGAAUAUCAUCAAGGAAUCUUUUCCCUCCAAAACUAUUUUGAUCCCUCCCGAAGCAGGCUUGGCUGCAGUUAAAGGAGCUGUUCUUUUUGGACAAAAGCAUGUUUAUUUAGAAACCGUGCAAUGUCCACGAAGAAGUAGAACCCCAGAUCCUGAGGACACAGGGCAACUGGAGGAAGUUGUUCAAAGUCCAAGAUCUUACAGAGCAGGAAAGAAUGACGUUACAAACUUAUCUGCCACAAAUGAGUUGUUUUCAGACUUACAAAGAGUUGUGCCUCCCUCUGAGAAAAGAAAUAGAAGCCGUUUGUGUGUCAUUCAGUGAUAAUAAAAAAGACAUACGAGAGCGACCCAUGGAAAAUGCUCCUCGCUAGACAAACAAGAGUUUAAAAAAUCCGCCAUUAGUAUAAUUUUCUUCUGUAUUCUAGUAUAUCAGUUAUAUUUAUACAUGUCACUGCGACAAAAUUAUAUGAGAUAUA